AUGUGUAAACAUCCGGUUGUAUCGCAUAGUUCAGUAUUUAUUCACUUUCUUACUUGCACUGAUUUCAAGAAGUGGAAAUUAGGCAAACGUGAAGCAGAAACUGAUAAAUUACAAGGUGUACGUUUUUAUUUUGCAGUGGAAUCAAGAUGUGGACAAACACCUCAUGACUAUACGGUUGAAAAAGCAGAAACAGCUGAGCGAUUCUUAGCUGAUUUGGAUAGAUCAACUAAAUUUCUAUGUGAGACAGUUGUUGAAUAUCAUCGAAAAUUAAGUAUUAGUAUUCGUAAAGAAUUUUCCAAACUGUCAAUGGCUUUUCUUAACAUGAGCAAAGCUAUUGAAUCGGAUGUUCAUACAAAACAAUUAAAUACAAAAUUAUGCGCCUCACUAGCUGCUACUGGCAAUACAUUCAGAAAUGUAUCAUGUAUCCAUGCAAUCCAGUCAGAAGCAACAAUCAAUCUUCAAGAAUGCUUAAAGGAAUUCACUCGUCUACUGCCAAAUACAUCGACUAUUAUCAGUUUAGCUAAAGCUGCAUGUCUUACUGUUGAUGAAUUAAAUCGUUGUAAUACCGAUGAACAAAAAGUGUGUCAAUCCGAUGUGAAUCGAAUUCAAUCUGGUGCAUUGUUGAUUACACGUUCUGUUCAAUCUGAAUGUAAUUUAAUUAUGAGUCAAAUUCGUGAUGAAUGGAUGAAUAAAAUCAAAGACUAUCUUUAUGAUCAAGCACGUUUUUAUCAUCAAAUUGCGGAACAAAUAGAACGGGCUGCUCAAUCUUUUGAAAUCGACUGA